CACUCACACGCGCGCGCGCCUGAGAGAUAGGAUGAGCGUGCUCGGUGCGAUGGGGCGGCAGAAGCGCGCGCUCCUCGCCGCUGUCGGAACGUGGUUGUAGGUUCGGCGCGAGGAGCGAGACCCGCGCAGCCGCAGAUGGAAGCUCGCGGAGGAGGAACCGCACCGACCCGCGCGCAGUGAUGGGGAACACCGCACCCAAACCGCUCACAGCAGAUUCGAGUCUGCAGCACCGCCCGGUGGCCGGUCGGCAGUACUACGCCCUGCAGCACGGCGCGGCAGCAGCGGAGCGGCGCACCUCCACCCAGCAGCCCUCGAACCCGGAGUCCCCGCGGUUCCACCCGCACGCCAAGGGCAAGAACAUCCGCCUGGACGCUCAGCUGCGCCGCGCCGCCCGCAGGAACAGCUUCUGUAACGGGAUCACCUUCAGCCAGCGGCCCGUCCGGCUGUACGAGAAGCUGCGGCUGCGGCUCUCCGGAGUUCACACCGGCUGGAGCGGAGCGCUGCGCUUCGGCUUCACCAGCCUGGACCCCGGAGAUCUCACCUCCACCGACAUCCCCAAAUACGCCUGUCCCGACCUGGUGACCCGGCCGGGGUACUGGGCUAAAGCUCUGCCGGAGAGACUGGCGUCCCGGGACAACGUCCUGUCCUUCUGGGCCGACCGGCAUGGCCGGGUCUUCUACUCCAUCAACGAGGCCGAGCCCGUCCUCUUCCACUGCGGCCUCAGCGUGAGCGGCCCGCUCUGGGCCAUCAUCGACAUCUACGGGAUCACGCAGGAGGUCACGCUACUGGAGAGCUCGUUUGCGGAGAGCGUGGGCACCAGCUGUCUGAGUGCAGCUCGGCUCAGCGCCUACCUGCCCCAGAGCAACACCGACUCGGCAAACUACAGCAACAACCAGCUGGAGAGCAGCCAGGCCGCCGCCGCCAAGAUGGCCACCCUUCAGCUCGCCGGAUACAACCAGCUCAGCCCCUGCUGCUCCUCCUCCUCCUCCAUCAUAUCUGCCUCCUCUUCUUCCUUCAGCGUCCAGAGAACCGGCCGCGUCCCGCUCCCGGCCCUCGACACUGACCUGCACUUUCACCCCGUCCGCGGGACUGAUGUAGUCCUGUCCACCGACCGAGCUGCGGCCUGCGUCCACUUCCUGGACAGCAGCAGGACUCUGGUGUUUAGUGACCGGCCUUUGCGGGUCGGCGAGACGCUGUACCUGGAGGUGGGUCACCUGGGACUGCCGUAUUUCGGAGCUCUUUUGUUCGGGAUGACGUCCUGCGACCCGGGGACGCUUCACGCCGGGGAGCUGCCGGCCGACCCGGACGUCCUGCUGGACCGUAAGGAGUACUGGGUGGUGUACCGGGGCUUACCUGUUCCCGGGCCAGGCGAUGUGCUCAGCUUCACCCUGCUGUCCAGCGGAGAGGUGCAUCACGGGGUUAACGGGACGUCCCGCGGACGUUUGCUCUGCGUCGACUCCUCCCAGGUCCUGUGGGUCUUCUUCGCUCUGCACGGCGCCGUCAAUCGACUCAGGAUAUUAGGAACUCUUCAGGCCAGUCCAUCCACCUCCCCCUCCAUCUCCAGAGGAACCGCCUCCGACGACAGCGACUCUGACCUCGCCUUCAGCGUCAACAGAUCCUCCUCCGCCUCAGAGUCGUCUCUGGUUACGGCCCCCAGUUCUCCUCUCAGCCCCCCCCUCUCUCCGAGUCUGUCUCUGCCAGAGACGCAGCGGGGCUGUAAGGGCGGAGAGUGCACCGUGUGCUUCGAUCAGGAAGUGGACACCGUCAUCUACACCUGUGGACACCUGUGUCUCUGUAACGACUGCGGACUGAAGCUGAAGAGACAGAUAAACGCCUGCUGUCCCAUCUGCAGGAGACCCAUCAAAGACGUCAUCAAAACCUACAGACCAUAACGCACACACACACACACUAUACACACACACACACACACACACACACACACACUAUACACACACACACACCAUACACACACACACUAUACACAAUAUACACACACAUACUAUACACACACACUCACUAUACACACACACACACACCAUACACACACACCUCUGCCCGUAAUGAACUGAGCGCAGUACUGCCUGUGUCUCCCUCUGCUGGACUGAGCUGGUAUUUCAGGACUGAGUUCUGUAGCUUUAUCUCCUGUAGCUUUACCUUCACCCAAACCUCCUGCCUCUAAUCUACUGCUGAGACCAAACACACACAAACACACACACACACACACACUAACACACACAAACACACACACACACACACUAACACACACUAACACACACACAUAAACACAGAGGAGAGAAAACGUAAGAUAACACUUUUAAAUUUCAUGGUUUUCUGCAUACAUUUUGUGAUCUGAUCUUCAUCUAACUCAGGGGUACUGACAAUGUAUAAUGUAACUACAAUAAUAAUACAAAAACAUUAUAUAAUCUUGCAGAUCUUUGGUGAAAAAACUCAUUUAACACUCAGAGUGAUAGUUGGAAAAAGUGAGUGAACCCUGGAAUAAAUCUCUCAGUGUUUUACCCCAAUCAGAGUAAUAACCUCACCCAGACUCAGAGUGAGAUUCAGCUCACUCUUCCUGCAGAGCUGCUUUACCCCCGUCUUACUCCUCCCACACCUCAAGUGUACAAUCCAUAACAUCUGAGAGCUGGGCUCUGAUUGGCCACUUCAAAAGUCAGGUUUAGUUUUUCUUAAGCCAGUCUGUUGGGGAUUCGCUCUGCUGUUUUGGGUCUUUGUCUAAAAUUAAAACAAUUCAUUUUUAUUGAGCGCCACUCCUUGUGAUCCACAGUGUGAAAUUCUCUACGUUUGUAGAUCGUUUGCUUUACUGAUGAAGCUCUAAAGUCUUUAAAAUCACUUUAUAACUUAAAGUAAAUGAAUCGUUUUUGAUGGUUCUGAUUGUAGAUCUGAAAGCUCUUUUUGUGCAGCAUGGUUUAUGUAAACAUAUCCUUCUUAUGUGGAGCAAAAAUCAAAGUUUGUCAGAUAAAGAUCAGUCAGAUUAGCUUUAGCCCACCAAACUAGCAAAACUCAGGUAUUAUAUCAACACUUUAAUUCUGAUGAGCUUCUCUGAGGUCAUUAACACAGGGGUUCACAUACUUUUCUCACCAGAACUAAGAGGUUUUUAUAUUUGUUCUCAAUGAAGACAAGAAUGAACAUAAUUUUUUUUGUGUAAUUAUUUUAUUUUUUAUAUUUCUCAAUAUUUAGAUAAAAAAUUUGAUCUCAUUUUAUGGCAGAUUUAUGCAGAAAAUCAUGAAUCUUAAAGAGUUUAAACUGUUUCUCUUCUUUGUAUUUAUAUGUGUGGGGUUUCUCUGUUUGGUGCUCGGACAGUUUCAGUGCCUUUUUGCCUAUAAAGCUCCUAAAAGCUGACAAUCAUAUUUGAUAUGUUUUGUAUAGGUUGGAAUUGUGAAUAUGAAUAUUAUUAUGAAUUAAUUCAGGUUGAUAUUUUAAAGGUAAAUGUGUGUGAUUGUCUUUUGAAAGGAUGAUAAAAGAGUUUAUGUGUAUUUUGAUUUUUUGCACUUAAAUGGGAAUAAAAUUAAUCUGCAGCCAAUAGAAACACAACAGCGCCACCUACAGAUUCAUAAGAAUAGAGUUUUGUAACAGUGAUUUAUUUUGUAGGCUGUGUGAUCAUAGACUGUAUAUAAAGAUGGACGCCGUGUCACCGUCCAUGAAGCCAAAAUCUUCCGCCAUUUUGGCGAUUCAGAGACCCGAUUCUGCGCAGUAGAGACCAGAGGAGGGAGAAAGGCUGUGGAGAGACCGCCUACUCAUUUAAAUAACCCCGCCCCUGAGGCUGCCUCGCGGUCACAGGCUGCAGAGCGGAGCUGACGGUCUGUUAUUGGUCCCGCCCAUAAGCAGCCCUUUUACCAUAACCACACCUUUUUUGAAUAGAGCUGAAUAACGUUUUAAAAACCGAAUUCUGUGGGGAUAUAAAAAUUUAACAAUAUAAGCAGAGGUUACACUAGCUGCUGCAUUUAAAUAAAUGAGGUAGAAUUACAGUAUAUUAGAAAAAAACGUGAUUGAAAGUUGUUCUGUUUUGCCAUUGAAACCUAUGGGGAUGUGUAGGUGGGGUUACACAGCUUUCUGCAGCCGAACAGCAGGGGGCGCCCGACCUGUGGUGGCUUCACUUUUAAGAGACGAUGCUCUGUCCAGCUAUAUACAGUCUAUGUGUGUGAUGGUGUAGAAUUAUAAAAUGAGAAAGUAAAAGUAAAUAAAGAUUAUUUUACUGCAGCUGAAGGAAAGAUCAACAUUACAGCAAAACACCGAACAGAUUCAGUUUAUAAUAUUCAUCAUGGAAUAAAAAUAUAUAUAUAUUUUUUUUCAGAAAGAGUAUGUGACAUAAAUGGCCCUGUUGUCAAAAACAUAUAUUUGAAAAAAGAUGAAAGUUUGUUUUCUAUUAAAAAGAAAGUAUAAAAGA